AAUAUUAAUUAAAAUGGAAAUCAAAGUGAACAAAAUAUGCGAGAUUUGCAGCGAUAAAGGAAUUGGCCGACACUUCGGUGCCAUUACUUGUGAACCGUGUAAAGGAUUCUUCCGGAGGAAUGCCAACAAAGAACAGGUAAUAGAAAAAAUUAGUGGAGUGCCCUUCGGAUGGAAAGUGCAAAAUAAGUAUAAACACUGGAGGAAUGCCAACAAAGAACAGUUAGUGGAGUGCCCUUCGGAUGGAAAGUGCAAAAUAAUGGGUAUGAAAAAAGAACUCAUAUUAAGCGAUGAGGAAAGGGAGCAAAGGAGGCGAGUGGUGGAAGAGAAUCGACGCAAACGACAAUUAAAUGAAAGCCAAACCUUAUCUUCAAAAGUGAAUAAAUCCUCAAAUCCUGCAUCAAUUGUGUCGACCAUAUCUGAUGACUCCUUCUUGGGUGACAUUACUGAUAGUGUUUUGGACGUCACGGAUGAGGACCUGAGCGCACAGAUUAUGGAAAUUGAAAAUUAUGUGAAUAGUGAGGACACGGAUCAAAGUAUUGAGACAUUGGGUGAAAGACUUAUGUUGAAAGAGAUCAGACAGAGGGCCCAGAAAAUAGCUGUCAUUCCUAUGUUCAAAGAACUCACGGAUUAUAACGGUUUGAAUGCAUUAGAGGUCAAUAAGAUUGGAGAGUUGUUGACAACAUCGAAAAUAUUUGACUACCCUGCUACUAAAAACACAAUAAUUAUUAAGGAAAAGGCUGAUUAUAUGAGAAUCUUCUCAAAAAGAACGGAUGAGAGUAUUAAAGAAGCGCUAAAUUAUUGCAAAGGAUUGACUGGAUUUACGAGUGCAUGCGCUGAGGAUCAAUUUACCUUGUUUAAAAUCGGGUGCGUCGAAAUGAUGCUACUUAGGGCCUUGAUGUUUUAUAACGAGGAUGAAAAAUAUUUCAAAUUAAUCAUGAUUUCUGCGAUCGCACUGUUCAACCCGAACCGACCUAAUCUUAAACAUAGGCAUAAUAUUAGAUAUUUACUAUUGAAGUGUCGAUCGGAUUGUGAAUCUCAGGAAAGGUUAUGUCAACUAAUGAACACUUUCGCCGAUAUCUACAAAAUGCUUGAAUUACAAAAAACUCUUGAUUAUGAAGAACUUAAAGGAUAUGUUAAACAUUCUGGACCAUUGAUCAAGGAGAUUUAUGAUGUUCCAGCACAAGAAUAA